AUGGCAGCAUCAACAAGCCACCAACCUUUCGCCCCCUCCAGACCCUACACCUCGGGCCUAGGUCGCACCCCCGGCGCCAACACGUUCGGCACAACACCCUACGGCGGGGGACAAACACCCUUCGGCGCACCGCAACCACAGCAACAGCAACACAACCCGGCCGGAGGACUAGGAGGAGGCACAAGCACAGCAGCAGCCGCGACGCAACAACAACGUGAAGCGCAGCGCCUGGAACGAGAACGACAAGAACGAGCGGAGCGUGAACGACGAGAGGCGGAAGAGAGAGGAAUAGUAGAGCAGCUGAGUGAAGAGCAAAGGGAGGAAGUCAACGAAGCUUUCUCCCUCUUCGACCUCGACAAAGACGCCCACAUAGAUUACCACGAACUCAAAGUCGCCCUUAAAGCCCUGGGCUUCGACCUCCCCAAAUCCGAAAUCCUCACCCUCCUCCAAAUCCACGGCGUCCCGGCCUCAAUCCUCACCCAACAAAACCCUUCCUCUUCCCAUCGCAACCACCCGACCGACCGCGACCGCCCCUCGUUCACAGGUCCCAGCCGCUUACUCCUCGGCCACGCCGCCUUCCAACACAUCGCGGCCUCGAAAAUCCUCGCGCGGAAACCGGAGGAGGAGAUCCUGCGAGCGUUCGAGCUCUUUGAUGCGGAGGGGAAGGGGAGGAUAGACGUGGAGGAUUUGAGGCGGGUGGCGAGGGAACUUGGGGAGGGGUUACAGGAGGAGGAGUUGCAAGCCAUGAUUGAUGAGUUUGAUGUGAGAGGGGAGGGCGGGAUAGAUCGCGAGGGGUUUUUGAGUAUUUGCUUGGGAUGA